AUGGAUGACUCAAUUCUUCACAGAAAUAUUGAUGAUGUAGACGAAAAGACUAAAGGGUUGUUCGACAACUCCUGUGAUUUUCUUGGAUUCAAAUGCAAAGAUGAGAAUUUUAUUGCCAACUUGAUGAAUUAUUCUUUACUUGUUGGAGCUGAGAAGCUGUUGAUGGCUCGAAAAUCGUCCAAACCAUUGGAUUGCUCUACUUUUGAGGCCUGUAAUGAUAGUGAAGUGAAUAUUUCUGAGAUUGGAAGAAAUGAAGGUAAAUGUGUGCCUGGGAACUACAAAACUUCGAGUCGAUAUCAUCAAAAGAUUGGAUCGAACAAUGAGCUUUUUGAUAUGUCGAAACUGAUGAAUUUUCCUGCAGAAAGUAUUGCUUUCUUGGCAAUACUAAUGCUCAAAAUGGCUGGUUUUCAACUAAAUCUCUUUCUGAGAUUUUUCACUUUUCCCAUUUUGAUAUUCAACUUUUGGCUAAUGAUCUUGAUGUUUACAUUUCAAACUUUAAUAUGCAUUAGAGAGAAUUUGAAGAAAAGGCUGCUGAGAAUAUGCAAUGCCUCCUGCUCAAUCUCGAUUGGCUUCGUGCUUAAUCAGUUUACCGCGCAAAAGUUAAUGCUGAGAAUGGCGUUAAGAUUCGGUUGGGCCAUUUCGUGCACAUUCUAUGUUUUGUUCUUGCUAUUUGGUCUGCUACUCUCAGGGUUUGUAAUAGGUAGUCUUAUAGUGAGAAAUCUGGUAGAAGAACCAAUGCAUGCUACUAAAAUCCUAAAUUUCGACUACACCAAAACUAACCCGGUUGCUUUUGUGCCUAUUACACCGUCCCUCAUCCCUAAUGUGCCUUCCAGCCUUGAUUCGAAACAGAGAAUGCCUUCUUCAGACUACGUAGGACAGCGCCCCAUUCCUAAUAAUCACAAGUUGCACCUUUCUGUCUCGUUAACAUUGCCCGAGUCUGAGUACAACAGAAAACUCGGAAUCUUCCAGAUUAGGGUCGAGAGCAUGUCUGCAAGAAGUGAAGUACUAGCUAGUUUGAGCUAUCCCACAAUGCUUCGGUUUAAAAGUCCGCCAAUUCGACUGAUUGAAACCAUGUUGAAAACUGUUCCACUCAUAACUGGUUUGCAAUCAGAAGUUCAAACACUAAAAAUCGACAUGAGGGAUUAUAUGGAAGGACACGAACCAACAGCCUUUUUUAAGGUGAUUCUGGAACAAAGAGCAGAAUUUAAAGCUGGUUCCGGUGUACCUGAAAUUUACGCUGCAUCACUCGAUAUAGAAUCUGAGCUCCCCGGAUUAAAGAGAGCUAUAUGGAAUUGGAGGCGAACAAUUUUCGUGUGGAUCAGCAUUUCAUCAUUUAUGGGUGAAUUGAUAGUCGUUUUACUCGUCUGCAGGCCUAUUAUUCUUCCCACAGGAAGGUCCAAAGGUUUUGGCUCGAAGAAGAAAUCUCAACAGAAUAAACUUCCAUGGAAUAAAUUCAAGAAGAUGUAG